AUGGCUACCGCUGCGACUGCGCCCUUCAUUCCCACUUUUGACAAGGCUACGUCGGAAGCCGCGCGCGCAGGAGCCGCCUCCUACCUAGCAUCACGCCUUAAGCCCUCCGCUCCCGCUGACGCUUCGUUCACAAUCCCAACCAUUGACAUUGCCCCUUCCUUCUCGUCGAGCAUUGAAGACCGCAAGACCGUGGCCGCUCAGAUCCGCGCUGCUUGCAUCACCUCUGGCUUUUUUACCAUAACCAAUCAUGGAAUCCCGGCCGAAGUCUGCGACGACAUCCUCAACCAAGCCAAGCGCUUCUUCCACGACCUCCCUCACGAAAAGAAGGAGGCUAUCCAUAUGAAGCAGAGCACGCUGCACCGUGGAUACGAACCUUCCGAGUAUACCAGUGCUGUGGGCGAAGCCGAGACUAAAGAGGGCUUCAACUGGGGCUACGAGACGCGCCUCGACUCAACUGGCGGAGAUGGCAAAUACGUCGAGGUGGACGGCACCACAUAUCCCGAGGGCGCGAACCUGUGGCCGUCCGAAGCAGACCUUCCUGGUUUCUUUGAGGGCGUGAAGUCAUACUACAGCCAGGUGCUGGGGCUGGCGAGGCACAUGUUCAGACUGUUCGCGCUGAGCUUGGGUCUGGAGGAAAACCACUUCGACGAGAUGAUGACGCAUCCUGGUGGCAUUGCGAGGCUGAUGCAUUACCCUGGCGCUAAAGAUCCAAAGCCGUUGGACCCUAAUGAAAAGGCGGACGAGAAUCUGGGUUUGGGCGCACACUCGGAUUAUGAGUGUUUCACUCUCCUCCUGCCCUCCUCGACCCCGGGUCUCGAGGUUCUCUCUCCUACUGGCCAUUGGAUACCCAUCAACAAGGUCCCCGGCGGUCUUAUCGUUAACAUAGCCGAUUUCUUUAUGCGUUGGACGAAUGACAUCUAUAAGUCAACUGUACAUCGCGUUGUGAACCGGACGACAGAUGCGCGGUACAGUGUACCAUUUUUCUUCAGCAUCAAUUAUGACCAGAAGGUCGAGACACUCCCGAGCUGCAUUUCGGAAUCCAAUCCGUCAAAAUAUUCCCCGAUAAAGGCGGGCGAGUAUAUUCUAGAGCGCUUGAAUGCCACGACGAAGGACGGAGCAGGGUCGUAUGGCAACUCAAAUCUCGAUGCAUGA